UGGAUCGAUACAGAAAGUAUAAAUUGUAUCUUGAAAUAAAUUUGAUCAAUUGUACUCGUCGGAUAUAUAGUACAUAUACGUUAAAUUUUAUAGCCACCAUAUAUUAAAUGGAGAUGAAAUUAGAAGACAUGCAAACAAUGAUGGAGAAAUUAGAACCAGUUCCCCAGCCGGAGUGGGACGGAAUUAGCUAUCCUUCAUUUAUUCCAUUCAGAGAAAAGGGAGCAGAGAAAGCGAUACAAGAUAUUAUGAGUUUCAAAUCAAGAGAAUCAGACAUUCUUUUAGCUACGCAUUGCAAAUCAGGUACGCACUGGGUUUACGAAAUAAUGCAAAUGCUACUAAGAAACACUACUGAGUUGGAAAAGGGUGCUAAGACUAACGUCAUGUUGGAAGCUAUAGGAAAUUUGUCAUCUUUAGACAGUAUUCCGUCACCAAGAAUACUUGACACACAUUGUAGCUUCAAAUACUUGCCUUCACAACACAUUGAGAAGAAGAACAAGAUAGUUCACAUUGUUCGUAAUCCAAAAGAUGUAUGUGUUUCAUUUUAUCAUCACGCUUCAAAGGAUAAAUUCAUUAAUUUCAAUGGUUCCUGGAAUGAUUUCUUUGAUUUAUGGAUGGCUGGCAAAUUGAUAUAUGGUGCAUGGUACGAUUAUGAGUUGGAAAUGGAACAAGCAGAGAAGGAUUUUUCCGGAAUGAUUUAUACCUGUUAUUAUGAAGAUAUGAAACAGGAUCCUGUAAAAGAAAUAAAGAAACUUGCAGACUUUCUUGGUGUAGAUUGUUCAGCGACACAUAUUGAAGAAGUAGCUAAGGCAACGUCAUUUAAAAAUAUGCAAGAAAAUAAGUUUGACAUCACCCAAGUUUUUGAUGGCAAAGGCUUUAUUUAUAGAAAAGGAGAAAUAGGAGACUGGAAAAACUAUUUCACAGUUGCACAAAAUGAACAGUUUGAUAUUCAGUUCAAUGAGAAAAUGAAAGACAGUAAUCUCAAGUUGACCUUUGUAUAGAAGGAUCUAAGGAACGUGGUUCAUUUCAGUCUGUAAUAAACUUUAUAAAAUACUAAACUUGUUUUAUAAAGAUCACACGAUCGUGCUUUCAAAGACAAUUAUGUAUUGAAAGAAAAUGUGUAUAAAA